UGCGUUGCUGCCGCUCUUGGUCUGUAAGUGCUGUAGCAAACUAGAGAAGACUGGUCGAGGAUUAACGUCUGCGUUUCGUCUUACAUAUACACAAAUAUACCGCAUAUUCAUUAUUUUUAAUCCCUGUCGAGAGUGUUGACAAACACUAUCGAGCAUGUUCUCGUUUGGAGGGAUUUCAGCACACAUCAGUGCCAACAGGCUAAAGUCAGAUGGGGUGGGUUCCUUUGAGAAGGCUGUCCAUUUUCAAAACCAGGUGUUCGAAGAGCUUAGACAGGAGUGUCUGGAAGGGGGUUAUCUGUUUGAGGACCCUUGCUUCCCUGCUGCACCACAGUCACUUGGCUUCAAGGAGCUUGCACCACACUCUUCCAAAACACGUGGAGUGGAAUGGAUGAGACCCACGGAGUUAUGUACAGAUCCCCAGUUUAUUCUUGGAGGUGCCACAAGAACAGAUAUCUGUCAGGGAGCUCUUGGUGAUUGCUGGCUUCUGGCUGCCAUUGCAUCUCUGACUCUUAAUGAGCAGGUUCUCCACCGAGUGGUCCCUCAUGGGCAGAGCUUUCAAGAGGACUAUGCAGGGAUUUUUCAUUUUCAAUUUUGGCAGUUUGGAGAGUGGGUGGAUGUUGUGAUUGAUGAUCAACUGCCCGUCAAGGAUGGAGAGCUCAUGUUUGUGCAUUCUGCAGAAGGAAAUGAGUUCUGGAGUGCAUUGAUUGAAAAAGCUUAUGCCAAGUUAAAUGGGUCCUAUGAGGCUUUAUCAGGUGGGUCCACCACUGAGGGAUUUGAAGACUUUACUGGAGGUGUGUCAGAGAUGUACGAACUAAGCAAAGCUCCAAAGGACUUGUACCGCAUCAUCUCGAAAGCACUGGAAAGAGGCUCACUACUGGGUUGCUCCAUUGAUAUCACCAGCAGUUUUGACAUGGAGUCAGUAACCUUCAAGAAGCUGGUAAAGGGCCAUGCAUAUUCGGUGACUGGCCUCAAUGAGGUAAAUUUUAGGGGACAUGUGGAGAGACUGAUCCGUGUGCGUAAUCCUUGGGGUCAAGUGGAAUGGACUGGUGCCUGGAGUGAUAACUCUUCUGAAUGGGAUGAGGUAGAUCCAUCAGAGCGAGAAGAUUUGUGUCUGCAAAUGGAGGAUGGAGAAUUUUGGAUGUCCUUCAGUGAGUUUUUGCGGCAGUUCUCUAGGUUAGAGAUCUGUAACCUGACACCAGAUUCUCUGAGCGACAGUGCCAUGAGACAUUGGAAUACCAUCAUGUUCCAUGGCGAGUGGAGAAGAGGCAGCACAGCCGGAGGCUGCAGGAACCAUCCUAACACGUUCUGGAUUAACCCACAGUACAAGAUCACCCUCUUAGAGGAGGAUGAUGAUCCAGAAGAUGAUGAGUUGGCUUGCAGCUUUCUUGUAGCACUGAUGCAGAAAGACAGAAGGCGCUUUCGCCGACAAGGCCAGGACAUGCACACUAUUGGAUUUGCCGUUUAUGAGAUUCCUGAAGAGUACAGGGGCUGUCAAAAUGUACAUCUGAAGAAGAACUUUUUUCUGACUAACUCAUCCUGUGCUCGCUCUGAAACCUUUAUCAAUCUGAGAGAGGUCAGUACUCGUUGCCAUCUGCCUCCUGGGGAGUACCUCAUAGUCCCCUCCACAUUCGAACCCAGCAAGGAAGCUGAUUUUGUUCUGCGAGUCUUCACUGAGAAGCAGUCUGAGACAGAAGAGUUGGAUGAUGAGAUCUCUGCAGACUUGGAAGAUGAGGAGGAAAUCACAGAAGAUGACAUUGAUGACAGCUUUAAAUCCAUGUUUGCUCAGCUGGCUGGAGAUGAUAUGGAGAUAUCUGUAUAUGAACUCAGAACCAUACUCAACAGAGUAGUGUCAAGACACAAAGAUCUCAAAACAGAUGGCUUUAGCAUGGAGUCAUGCAGGACUAUGGUGAACCUCAUGGAUAAAGAUGGCAGUGCUCGCUUGGGUUUGGUGGAAUUUCAGAUCUUGUGGAAUAAGAUCAGAAAAUGGCUGACUAUCUACAGACAAUACGAUAUUGAUAAGUCAGGAACAAUGAGCUCGUAUGAGAUGCGUCUUGCUGUAGAGUCAGCAGGAUUCAAGCUUAACAAUACACUGAAUCAGAUCCUUGUUGCCAGAUAUGCUGAAAGUGAAGUCAUUGAUUUUGAUAACUUUAUCUGUUGCCUGGUCAAAUUGGAAGCCAUGUUCAGAUCUUUCCAGCAACUAGACCAGGAAGGAACAGGGGAGGUUGAGCUGAACAUAACAGAAUGGCUGUAUAUCACCAUGUGUGGUUGAAGUAGACAGACACUGAGGACAAUGCAACAGAAAAAAUGCUGCUAAAGCCUUGCCAGCAUAUCUCCUUUACCUCCAAGAAGUGAACACUGCUGUUUGAUUCAUAUGUUUUUGUUAUAAAGUACUGAGCAUAAUGGUGUUUUAAAUUUAAUUUAGAUCAGGAUGAAAAUACCCUUCCUUACAAUAUACUAACCAGUAAUAAGUUUAAUUCUGUUCUCCCCUGUGGAACCAUCUUUAUAACAGAGAAAGAAUUAAUUUAGGUACAGGUAUGGGCUUGAUUAGGUUUUAAAUGUGGUUUGGCCACAGAUAAAUAUUGCAUGUGUGUUUAGUUUUAGACUUCUAGAGAACAUACUGCAUUUGAGUUGAUACACAGGGCUGCAAAGAAAACUGCAACACAAAUAAAAAUUUUAAAGUGUCUAUACUGUCAAUAAACAAAUGUAAUAACACUCAUAA